AUGCAAGUGCGAGGUCAGACGCAACGUAAAAUGCCGCAGAGAUCAAGGUCCUUUCACAUGAAGGAGUUUUUCAAUCAGUCCUUCCCCUUCAGGUACUCAAAGCUCGGCAACCACGCAAGAGAUGAACAAAACAUAUUCUGUGCAGAUAUACUUUCCACUGAUUUCAUCAUCGACAAGUUGAUGGAAGUCAGGAACAACACUGAAGUCGUCAAGCUGGAAGUUGAAGAUCUCCUAACCAGUUCACACCACGCCCUGCUUCCCCUCAUCAAAGCUUUAGUGGUUUCUGGGAAGCGAGAUUGGCAGUCAAUCAAAUUCGUGGAUGCUGUGGAAUCUGACCUCUUUGCGUUGUGGCAGCAACAGAAGCAAGCCAUCAUGCAAGACUAUGAGGAGUCCAUUGAUGAUAAUAGCAAAUUCAAUGAAGUUGUGUCCUUUGAUGCAACUAUCACAAUUGCUCAGGGGACCCCAUCCUAUGUUUUGAGGGACAUCUUACAAAGCCUUCGACAAGGCAAAGACAAGACUAUCUCAAAUGUCUCAUUUGACGGCAGCUUUGUUGGUGUGGACAAAGCAGUUGUCCCAACCCUCCUCAAAAAGAAUAUUGACCCUGUGUCAGGAGAGACAACAGAAGAAGUCACCAUCUCUGUUCUCUCAGGGUGGUCCAAGUCCUCUGCACUUGAUUGGAAAAUUCUUCUAAAUGCAUGUGUGGGACAACUGCAGCAACCAACAGACGCAGCAGCAACUGCGAAUCCAGGACCACCCCUUCGGCGGGCCGAGAGUGCUCAGGGUCCAAUAGUUCGUCCACAAUCACAAGCGCCAAAGGCAUCCAAUGCCAAAGCGCCGCUUAGAAGAUCAAGGACGUUAGAGGGACGACCACGUCUGCCGCGUCGAAUGAAUAGCAAUCGCUCACUCCGCAGAACAAAAUCCGCUAACGAAAGCACCUCUCCUCCGACAGGUUCCCAGCGGUCUGCUUCUAUGCCCUUGCACAAAAGAAAAACGCGCAGAGGCGGUGCUAAUAGCGAAGAAGGGAGGUCAAGUCAGGAGCGAAGGUCCAGAAGACAAAGGCUCUCCGAACACCGCACCGCAAGGCAGCCUAGCAAUCACAGAAGACCCAGGAGAAAGUCGAAUGAUGCACUCUCACAGUCAGGCCACAUCGUCAGACCCAGGUCUUUGCCGCCUCAAAGCUCUCAUUCUUUUCCUAGCCCAAUGUUUGCAGAAUCUCCCGACUAUGAUUGGACGAUUGGCGUCUACCUCAAUACCCGUGCUCCCAAUGCAGCCUAA